AUGCCAUUAAUUAAGUCAAAGCACCAGAAGCUCAUUCUUCAAUGCUAUCCUUCCGGUCGUGAUGUCGACAAGAAACCUAACCUGUCUGAGCUUAGUUACUUGUUGUACUAUGUUUCUACACGUCGUGUCAAACUUGAAAAAGUUGGUACCUUUCUAGAAAAGAAAACAUUUGCCGACUUACACCAUUUUUCACACUAUGGAAACGUUCAGGUGUCUCUUCUCAUUCUUAAGAACUUAAUUGAGAAGUGCUCCGAAAAUUUGAAUGUGUUCGCUGGUAAUUGUGUCAAUAUCUUUCACCAAACUUUACUCUCUAAGGAUUUGAUUCUCACCCAAACAACCCUCAAAGUUUUCAAAGUGUUUUGUAAUCAUUUAGAUGAAAACUUAUUUGUGGGGGAUCGUGAAUUGAUCACUAAGUUUAUCGACACUAGCGAAUUGUUUUUGGACUUGGCCAAUUCCAAACUCGCCAAUUCUGCGGAAAACAAUCAGUGGAAGAUCAUUGCCAUCAAGGCUGCAAAAUAUCUUAGUAAUAUUGCCGGUUUCAAUCUUUCAACUAAUGGGAAAAAUACUGAGAAUGUCGAGCAAAUUGUCAACCAGUCUUUGGGAUUAAUUUUAUCCGUUCUACAUCAAAAUUUCAGCACAGAACAGCUUGAAGAAAGAUUAGACAGAGUUGAAUCCAAAGCCUACAAGCGCAAUGAUUUGAGCUUGCUGAAGAGCAGAACUAAUGUAUCAUUCCACGGUUCUAUUAGCGGUGCCCGCUCAGUUUUUGAUGGCGUUGCCCGUGACAAUACUACCGAAGAUAACGUGGAUUUGGACACUGAAUGGUCGGACGCUGAUUGUGCCGAAGAUGCACUUAUUGCCCUUCAGACUUAUUUCUCUUCUGCCGUAAGUAGCGAAUUGAAUAUCAGUUUGCGAGCCGUGGAUAGUUUUAUAAAAUCAUAUGCCAAUAAUACUGAUAUGAAAAACUGGACUAAUUACCUUAUCCAAAUUAUCGUCAACUAUGCCCCUGUUCAACUUAGAUUCCUUGUCCUUACCAUUCUCAUCAACCGCCUUUCAAGAAUUAGUGACAUUGAUGGUGCUGUUAAUGUGCCUGAUCCAAAACUUCUUCGCUAUCAAAUAAUUCUUGCAUAUACCAUUUCUGGGUUGUUGAAUUCUCGUGCUAACAUGAUUGGUCUCUCAGUACUUGAUAUUUUGAAAAAUUUGUUGGCACUUCAAUUAAAUGCAGUUGAAUGGGAACCAUCGCCAACUUGUGUAAAAGAUGUUGCGGAAAUUCAAAGCCAUUAUGUGACAUGUAUUAGUAGUCUAUCAAAACAUAUUUAUUAUCACGACCAAAUCGGAGAUAUUAUUGAAGAAAUCUUCAUCAAAAUCAAUGACACUUUUGCUUCACAUGAAAAUGUCAACCAACGCCAAAUAUCAAUCCUCUUUGAAAAUAUUGAUGAAAUUUUAGAUAGCGGUAUUUCAAAGUCUUCUAGCCAACAAACUGAGGGAAACGAUAAAGUCGAUGGGAUUGAAACCUACAUGGGUGAAAAUAUCAAUUCUAUUCCGUCUUCAGUCGCUGCUGCCAGCAACCUAUUAUAUCCUAUGAUUAAGCAGAAAGCAAGCGUAUACAUUACUGCAUGGUUAAAAUUUUCCAUGUAUCUUAAUGGCAGCGAAAUUGUUGAGUCUGAGAUCUUUGAGAAAUAUUAUCGUGUUUUAAUCAAAUUACUAGUGAUCGAACUUGGGGGUCACGAUGAAGCUGAAAAUUUUGUGAGAGCUCUUGGUCAUGCGAAUGCUGAUGAUUUCAAUAAUAAUUAUCACUCAUUAAGUAACCAAAUAAGGAAGCUACAAGUUUUCAAGAGUGAAAGGCCAAAUUAUGAUAAUUUAAUUCUUGAUCUGUUGCGCUCCAAUUUCCUCGACGAACUUCUCAAGAAUUUUGAUAAAAUAUUGGUAUCAGUUGAUAAUGAGAAUUUAUGUAAAUAUAUUCUAAUCGUGAAAGUGUUGGUUCUUGAGAUUUUUGGUAUUAAUUUCAUUUACAAUAUAUUACGCCACUUCCUUAAUUGGCAAACCAGUGAUUUUGAUGACGACAAAGCAAAACUAAGAGAUUCAUUCGCUUAUAGUUUGCUUUUAAAAUCAGGUCAAUACCUUUAUUUGAAGUUCCAGAAGAAUGCUAACACCGUUGAUGAGCAAUCACCAAAUCCAUUCGAUGAGUUAAUUGAAGAGGUCUCUAAAAAAAUUAAGGCUCGUCUCAGCAAUGAUCUCUGGCAUAAGAAAAUUCCUGUUUUUAUUAGAUCAUCAACUGCUACUUCUGACCUUUUUUUCACUGAGGAUUCUCUUAUGAACUUCUUUGAUCUGGAUGAGAUUACUCAUAGAUGGAUAGUCGAUGUAUUCAACGGACAGCAUCCAUCAUUUUUACCACCAGAAGACGGACAUCAAAAUAAUUUUACACAUGAAAAGAUUCUAGAAAACGCUAGUGUUUUAUCUGCAUCGCGCCUUGCAGCCAAUUUGACAAUACCUGGAAACACAACUCUUUUAUCUUCUAGUGGGUUCACAUCUUUCAAUAACUUAAAAUCUACUAACACAGGAACGAUGUUCAAGGUCAAUGAUUUGAAGAGUGUGGUCAGCAAAAGUAAUUUACUUGAUUCAUCUCCACAAAAUAAACUAGAAGAAGUUGAUAUUCAAAAAAUCCAAGAUGGGCUACAUAAGAUGCUUGAUGGUUUGUGCUUCAAUAAUGAGCUGGCUUCUUCCACAAAGUUGAAUCUUCUUGUGUGA